UACUUCCGGUUCCGUUCUUCUGUCUUCAACAUCAGCUGACUCACACAACCAUGCGGUUCCGUUUCUGUGGAGACUUGGACUGCCCCGACUGGGUUCUUGCCGAAAUCAGCACAUUAGCUAAACUUUCUAGUGUCAAAAUGAAACUCCUGUGUGCUCAAGUGCUGAAGGAUUUGCUCGGGGAGGGCAUUGAUUAUGACAAGGUUACAAAGCUCACUGCAGAUGCAAAGUUUGAGAGUGGAGACGUCAAAGCUACUGUGGCAGUGCUCAGCUUCAUUUUUUCCAGUGCAGCCAAGCAUGAUGUCGACAGUGAGUCUCUGUCCAGUGAGCUGCAGCAGCUUGGUCUGCCUAAAGAGCACACGACGGGGCUCUGCAAAUCAUAUGAAGACAAGCACUCUGCACUGCAAGGCAAACUAAGAGAGACCAGUCUAAGAUUGGGCAGACUGGAGUCCGUUUCAUGGCGUAUCGACUAUACUCUGAGCUCCAGUGAACUGAGGGAAGUGAAUGAACCUCUGAUUCAGCUUAAACUGCAGUCACAAGGAGCGGAGUCAGGCUCAACAGAGACUACUGUUGUUUCUGUUUCUGCAGACAAGUUCAGAGUCUUGCUUGCAGAACUCAAACAAGCACAGGUUAGGAUGAAUGCACUACAAUGAAGAUGGGACGGAGAAGUCGGACUUCAAUGUCUGAUCAAGAGCCGGACACAAAUUAUGCUGAUAGUCUGCCAAAAGUGCCAUAUUUACAUGUUGUACAGUAUAAUUCUUUUUAUAUGAUAUAAGUCAUCUCAAAAGUCAUGUGAAUGGCUUUUUUUUUUUUUAUUUCCAUUGACUGUUAUUGAGUCAUUGGAAGAGAGCACAUGGCUAGUCUUAACUCUUAUCAGUUGUGCGGUAUUUUUCUAACACAUCAGGAAAUAUUGGUACACAUGUUUACAGACUGAACAAGAAUACUGAAUGGACCAUUUUUGUAAAAAUUGUAUAUUGAUUCACACAUUUUGAUUUAAAUUAUGUUAAUACGUUGUGUUGUACUUUCUGAUACCCCAUAAAUAACAAAUAAAACGUGAACUACA